AAAUCUAAAGGAUAUGUUGUCGAUCUUGAGAAGAAACUGCUCAACAACUGUUACUCACCGCUCGAACACAAAACGAAAGCGGUGCACCUCGACUUCUGCCAUGGGGGUCGAAUAGAGGUUCGCCGCCGACCGACAAGUACCGAGCGGAAUUCUUUCCCUCUCUCAAUGACGUGCAACAACGUCAGUUCUCCUGCACUUGCUCAAAAGUACACAUUUUCCAAAAUCCAUAACCCUCCAGAGCCAAUCGAUCGAAAAUCACCACUACCUGUCACCACAAGGAACCUUAUGGACGAACGACAGUAUGCUGGAAUUAUGGAGGAGUUAAAAGUGAUAUCGAACAGAAUUAAAAAAGAGGAAAUAAUGCACGCCGAACGAGCCGAUUGGAUGUACGCAGCGAUGGUGAUCGAUCGUGUGUGCUUCGUGACUUUCUCGUUCUUUCUGAUUCUCUGUACGCUUGUUCUCUCUUACAGAGCACCGCAUAUCUUUGUC